AUGGCACAGAAUCUUUUUAAUCAAGUUAAGAAAAUUGUUGGACAUAUAGGAUGCUCACAUCAACAGCAAAUUUUAUCUAAGAAAUUGAUCUCUUACAGUGAUACUCGAUUCAAUAGUGGCUUAAUAAUGAAUAAUUUUCGUGAACUUUUCGUUGAAAUACCAUUGGCGUUGAUCGAUAGCAAUCUCAUUACCAAUUACAACUUGGUUGACAAAGACCUUCUCGACAGCAUUUGCACGUUUCUUAAUCCCUUCGAGGAAAUGAUUGAAAGUUUGAGUGAGGAUCGGCGUCCUACUCUUCAUCGAGUGAUCCCACUUCGACAAUAUGUGAUAAAUACAUGUAAAAUGAAGGAAAAUGAUUGCAGUGGCAUAGCGCAAUUGAAAGUAUUUUUCGGUAAGAAAAAGAAUCACCAAACUUAUCAAUGGAAAGCGUACAAGUUUUCUUUCGUGCAUUUUAUGUUAUUAUAUAUUUCCAUUUAUCAAAUUUUAGCACGUCAUUUGAACAACUCUUGGCCAAUUACAGACGAACAUCGAUUAGCAGUCAUAUUGUGUCCAAAGUUGAAGAAUUUUGAAUGCUCGCCAAAAGAGCAGGAGAAGUCAAUCAAUGUUUUGAAACAAGAAUUUGCAAAUCAGUCAAUUAUUUAUUCUGGUACAAAAUUAUCAAACAUAUCUGAUAUCGAUGUUAAAUCUUCUUCGACAUCAUUGAAACGGAAAAACCUGUCAGCACAAUGUUUUGAUGCAAAAGUUCACUCAGUUAAUAGACGAAAUCAACUUCAAGAAGUCGAUGAUAUGGAUAAUUUGUUGUUCUGGAAAGAACAACAAAAAUCGUUCCCGAUUUUAUCAGAAUUAGCUCGUAAGAUUUCUGCAAUACCAGCAUCUAAUACAAUUGUUGAGCAGGUAUUUUCCUCAUCGAAAACUACUGUAACAGAAAACCAAACGCGUUUAGGAACGAGCUAA